AUGAAGGAAACUCCUGAGGAGCUGGUUCAAGAUUCACGGGAUAUCAAUGUGGCACCAAUUAAAGAGGAAUUUGUUCUUCCAAAAGAAGACCACGAGCUGCCCGCUGAAGUUCAAGCCCUACCAAAACGAGAGAGACGAGGAAUGAAUAAGACGAGAAGAAAGGAUAUGAAGCACGCGGAGACUCGAAUUCGUGCAUCUGCUGUUCGUCUCUGUCCAUCUGUUAUUCAACCAGUGGCUUGCAAAUUCGGUGAGAAAUGCAACUGCGAGCACGAUAUUUCAGCGUUUCUCGAAAAGAAACCGGCUGAUAUCGAUACGGAGUGUCCUCUUUUCGAUGCACGUGGCACCUGUCCAUUCAGCUACGCUUGUCGUUUCGGAUCAGCUCAUCUGGAUGAAAAUGGAAAACAGACCGAGAAAUCACCAUCGAAACCAUAUGAAGCAACAACAAAUUGUCACUCAAUGAAGAUUCAAGUGGCUCUUCGAAAACAUGAUUAUCCAUUCGAAAAGUCUGAAAAUGCGUUGGAAUCUAUCAAAAAUGAGACAAUCGGAUCAAUGUGGCAAGAAAAAGAACGGAAGUUAGAUAUGAAGAAACUGGAUGGUUUGAAGUAUUUAGCUCCUCUUACCACUGUUGGAAAUCUGCCAUUCCGUAGAAUUUGUGUAGAUUACGGAGCAGAUAUCACUUGUGGAGAAAUGGCAUUGGCUACUAGUAUUCUAUCGGGUGCAGCUUCUGAAUAUUCGCUUCUGAAACGUCAUCCGUCCGAAAAGAUUUUCGGAGUUCAGCUUGCUGGUGGGUUCGCUGACACAAUGGCGAAAGCAGCGCAGAUUGUCGUUGAGAAUUUCGAUGUGGAUUUCGUGGAUAUCAAUAUGGGAUGUCCGAUUGAUGUUGUAAAUCAAAAGGGAGGUGGAUGCGCUCUUCCGAGUCGCCCGAACAAGCUUUAUGAAGUAUUGGCAGCAACGAAAAGUGUAUUAGGAGACUGUCCGAUGACAGUUAAGAUCCGAACCGGUCAAAAAGAAGGAGUUCUAAAAGCUCCGGAAACCGUUGAAUUUAUGAAAAAGAGUCCGUGGCAUUGUCCGGAUCUUAUCACAUUCCAUCCACGUAGCAAAGAGCAACGAUACACGAAACUGGCGAAUUGGGAUUACACUCAUGCAGUCGCUGAAGCUUCGAAACCGGUUCCUCUCUGGGUUUGUGGAGAUGUGUUAAGUUGGGAGGAUUACUAUGAGAGAUUGGAGAAUCAUCCGGUGAAUGGAAUCAUGAUUGGAAGAGGUGCACUCAUCAAACCAUGGAUUUUCACAGAGAUUGAUGAGCGACGGACGUGGGAUAUUAGUGCCACUGAGAGAUUUGAUCUACUCAAAAAGUUCACCAACUACGGCCUCGACCACUGGGGAUCCGAUGAUGCAGGUGUUGAACGGACUCGUCGUUUCCUUCUCGAAUUUCUCUCAUUCCAAUGUCGAUACAUUCCUGUUGGAAUUCUCGAGCGUCUUCCUCAAAGAAUCAACGAUCGUCCCCCAAGAUACCAAGGGAGAAACGAGUUGGAGACACUCCUCUCUUCUCAAAAAGCAGACGAUUGGAUUGAAAUUUCAAAGAGGCUUUUAGGUCCAACUCCAGAAGGAUUUCAGUUCAUUCCGAAGCACAAGGCUAGCUCUUAUUAG